CACACAAGUACUAAUGAUUCAUGAACAAAAAUUGACCAUUUAUGAUUGAACAUUGAAAUACGCAAUAUUUUAAUCGUUGAUAUAAAUUUUAUAAUAGACAUUAAAAUUAAAGAUUUCUUGAUUCUUCAGUUUUCAAUGUAUGUAUGGUAUUGUUGGACGUACUGCCGCAUUAUUAUUAGACUACUUUUGUUUGUAGUAUAGAAUAGUUGACUAAUGAUUAGUUUAGAAAUUUGAAAGUAUUUUAUAUUCAUUAAUUCUUUAAAUAUAAUAAUGGCAGAGUCGCGAGGUAUGUUAAAAUAUUUAUUAUGAUAAAUUAGAUGGUAUAUUGUAUGAAUUAUGGCUUUUGUGCCUGAAAAAAGAAAAGGCAAAAUAUUGAAAAACUUUACAUAGAUUUGUUUGUUUGUAUACUGUCCUAGAAUAACAUCCAUUCGUCGGGUAUUCGAUAAUCCUACUUUCUGACCAAUUGUCAUGAACACUCGUGGUUUUUGUUUUUUAAAUAUUUUGUUAUGAAUUUAUACAUUUUUUGGCUUUGAAAAGUAACUUUUAUAGGGUUGAACACUGGAUGGUGGGACAAUAAACACUAGAGUAUCUUUUUUAAGUACAAUAUGAUUAAAUUACAUAGUAGUAGUUUGUGGACUGCAGUAAAAUUUGUAUUCAAUAUAUGUUUUGUUUCUUUUUAGGUGGUUGUCAUUUUGAAUUUUCUUCUGAAAAAAAUUGGGGCAUAGAAAAUGAUGAUUGUAAAAUAUUUGAUUCAAUUGAUAUUACACAUUUAGCUGACAGUAUAGCUAGUGUGCCAUUUAAUUUACGGCAUAAUAUUCCUAUUGAAUUAUUCACUGUAAUAUGCUAAAUACAUAGAAAUACAUUUUAUUUAUUUCUCUACUAAUACUAAUUAAUUAAAAUUUAGGUAGAACAAUUAGAAGAAUUUGAAGUAGAAGCUUCUCUUGCUUUGAGUCGACAUACAUGUAAGUAAAUACAAAUCUUACUUUUAAAUAUAAUUUUAAUAUCCAAAAAGUAACAUGUUACUCCUACAUUUGUUGUAUUAUAGUUCAAUGUAAUUCAAAAUUAAAAAAUAAAACUGAAGUAAGAACCUCUAUCAAGUGCAGCCAAAAGCCAGAAACAGAUAAACUAAUGAAAUUAAUUCUAAACAAUUUUUCCAGUUCAGGUGAUAUAUUAAAUUUUUAUAUAAGGUUGAAUAUUGAAUAUUUUUUUCACAUAAUCCAAUAUUCUAUUAUUGAAAAGUGUUUAUGUAUUAAAUAAGUUAGUUAAAAAACUAUUUAUUAUCGAUGUUAAUCAGUAUAAUAAAUCGGUACUUUUGUGUUAUCUCAACUACCCAAAUAUUUCCAAGACUACCUGUUAGAAUCAUCGAGGUUAUCUCGACUACCUCUGUAUCUAUUUAUAAAUAUAUAUUCCCGCUGUAAUCUCUAUCAUUGUAAUAUACAAUUAUAUUAAUUUUGUCAGUCAGUUGACAGUCGUCCUAUUGUCUAUAGUAUAGUUGUCAGUUAUUAUUACUAUACAGUACCUACACGCUUCGUAUAACCAACAUUAAUUUUUUUAAUUCGCCAUUGUCAGAGAAAAAAACUGUAGAAAAUUAUUUACUAAAUGUUUUUUUAUUUUAUUUUUGUUUUACAUUUUAAGAUAUUAACUAAAUUUUAAUUUAAUGUCAACGAUAUAAUAUAAAUAUAUAAUCUUUUUAUUAUUUAAUAAAUUCCAGUAGUAGUCGAGAUAACACAGAUUAUCAUUAUAGGUAGUCUUGGAAAUAUUUCAGUAGUUGAGAUCACCCGGAAGUAUCAAUAAAUUUUACCUCUAAAUCUUGAGUUAAUACAAUUUCUACUACAAAUCAUUGGCAUUAUUUUAUUUAGGUACAUUUUUACUGAUGUUUUCUUAAAUCUACUUAUUAUUAUUUUUAUAAUUUGUGUAACUAUAGUACCAUAUUAUAAUAUUGUUAAAAAUAAUCAACAAAAUUCAUGAAAAUACCAUAAUUAAUUAAGAACUGGUAUUAUGGUUCACGAUUAUUUAACAAUUUUGAUGUCAAAUUAAUAUAAUUUUGAAUUUUGUAGAAGAAAGUAAUAUUACUUCUGAUGGUCAACUGGAUGCAAUAUUGGGAAAUAUGAAACCAUUGAUUAAUAUAUUACAAGAUGAAACAAAUGAAGUUAAUAGUAUAGGUAUAUAUACACUUACACAGUAAUAAUUUAAAUAUAAUUAUACUUGAAGUUAAGUUAACUUAACUUUAAAUUAACUUAAAAUUUAAGUUCAAAAGCUUGUUUUCUUGUAAUUUAAUGUAUCUAUUAUAUAUAUAUAUAUAUAUAUAUUUUAUAGGCUCUAGAAAAACUGAUUCUAAAAUAGUUGAAAAUCAAAUGUCAACCAUUAAAAUUGAUUCAGAAUUAGAAACAACAAAUGAUUCAGCUCAUUGGCUUGAUUCCAUGUUAGAUAGUGACGAAUAACAUUCAAAAUUUAUAUCUCAUUGUUGAUUGUAGUUAAGUAAAAAUAUUAUUUAAAUUGUAUUAUUAAAUUAUACAAUUAAUAAAAUCAAUAAAAAUGUCAUCAUUAUAUAACUUUUUUAGUAUUUUAAAAAUUAAUUAAAAUAUACAUUACAAUAAUAAAUCUAUUAAUAUUAUAUUUUUUUAUAAAAUUAAAUACUAGUUUAAAAAGAUACAAAUCUCUGUCACAU